GUGACGAGUUUCCCGGAACAAAUUAUCAAGCGUCCAAAACACCUGAGACAAAACGUUGGCCAUUUGGGUGAUUUCUUGCUAUUUCUCGUCGUUUUAGGGAACCUUUGAGCUUUUCUACUCUACGAAAUUUGUAAAAGAAAACCAAAAUUUGCGAGCUGGCUUCACUAAAAGUGCAUCAGUCGGCUGUAUAGAGCUGUAAGCAGAACGAGUCUUCCUGUUAAAGCGACAGUGAAUAAAAAACAUCAGCUCUUUGUUCGUGCACAAAAUGUGUCGAAGCCGACUUCAGUUGACGCUUGCGAUUCUAAAACCAGACCUAAUGAUGCACCCAGUGAGAACUAAGGAGGUAAAGAACAUCAUAAAGGACAAUGGAUUUCUUGUAAUCCAAACUAAAGUUACCUCUUUCAGUCUUCAAGAUGCAGAGAAAUUUUAUGAGGAGCACAGGGAGCGGUUUUUCUUCAGUAGGUUAACUGGAUAUAUGAGCAGUGGCCCAAUUACAGCCAUGAUUCUUGCUAAAGCGAACGGUAUUGCACACUGGCGGGAACUGAUGGGACCCACAAAGACCUAUAGAGCAAGAGAUAUCGCUCCAACAAGUAUCCGAGCUUUAUACGGAAUAAGCGACACUAGAAAUGCUACCCACGGCUCAGACUCCGAUGAGUCCGCUAAAAGAGAAAUCGGCUUCUUCUUCCCCCACUUUGACAGCGAAAGCUGGUUUGAAACACACGAGCCAUUUUACCGCGAGAACAGACAUUCACUGGCUUGGGAUAACGAACGAGAGAUUCAUUACGUACCCUAACGAACAACUCUAAUGGCAAAGGAAAAGAAAAGACGCGAACUGAGAUUACAGUAUUGGCGGGGAAAAAGAAUUACAAAAAAUGGAAGAAAGAAACUCUGAGCUGGAGAUUUCCUGAAAGUAUGACAUAUCAGUGAGGUGCACGAGAAAGGCGUCACAAGAUGGCAGAACUUCACAAACCGGCACGUGCAUUAUCGUCCACUUCGUUUUUAGUUCAGAUAUUUAUUUCACGAGUAUUUAUUUGCACGUACAAACUCAAGCCAAAGCUCGAGUGGAGAGUAAUAAUGUCCUUUUCAGUAGUCAUUUAUCAUCAAUCAUUUGAAACCUUGAAGAAAAGAGGGUGUACCUGUAACGUGUGUGUGUGUCUGGAAGUUGCUUAGCAACUAUAAUUACAUCACUAGGCCAGGUCUCGCUUUUAGCAAAAACCGCGUGACACGAAAAGAGAACUGUGUGAAGCUAUUAUUUCCCAAUCGGAAUUUUUACGCAUAAUAAGAGUUAUUUUCUUCGUAACUACGAACGAAUAAUGUGCUCGUCAAAAACCUAAGGCGAGUUUACCCUUUACUCCCUAACAUCAGUAUGCAUAUUCUCCAUACUGUUUUCUCUACAACUCCCAGAGUGUGAACAAGGAGAAUUUCUUUAUCAAUCAAGAGUUUCUGUAGUUGUUGAUCAAUUUCAUUAUUCUCAUGACCGUAAUGUGUGGUUCAGGGGUGAUAUUGUAAGGAGAAAUUAGAUGCUGGUCACUCUAAAGUGUGAAAAGGUUAAGGGUAUGAAUUCGUCCAAUCCUCGCGCAUCUCUGGCCCAUUUACCCUCAAAUUUCCAUGAUAUGAUUCCCAAUUCUCCCUUCCAGCUAUCACGAGUUUCCUUGUAAAUUAGUUCUGAGAGUUUGUUAGUAAAUCUAUAUAACAACCUUGA